UCCUGCUUCUAGAACAUUUUCAGACCAUCUCUGCGUUCUGAAAAUGGAUGCAGCAACAACUCUGGAGGCUGUGGAAGAAUGUCCAGCACCGCUAAGUAAUGUUGAUCAGGAUACAGAAAAGGCUUUGGCAGAAUCCAAAGCUGAAGGGAAGGAAGAGGAAGAAGAUGACCCUAGGCACUCAUGCUCCUAUGUCCUCUACAUUGGGAACUUGAACCCCAAGUAUCCCCCUGAAAUUCUCUGCAAUAUGCUGAAGGAUCUCCUUGGCAUGGCCAGUGUCACCCUUCAGAGACACCACAUUGAAGUGGUAAAGAAACGCAGGCAGGCCUAUGCCUUUAUCCAAGUGGCAACGGAGGUCCGGAUGGAGCAGGUCUUAAAACAGCUGCUGCUUGCCUCUGACACAGAGCAAGAGCUCACCAAGGAACUGGUGAAGAAAGGGCAAAGUCUGGUUGUGGGGCAAGGCAAGAAGUUUGCGUUUGGAGAAGGCAGAGAGAGCGACUCUGUUGGGAGCUGUUCAGAGUCUCCUGUGGGAGGCCUACAAGCACCUGAGAAAAGCCAAAAGGGGCUACCAAAGAAACCCCAAACUAACUCUAUUAGAAAGUCUGUUCCAUACCCUUGGAGACUAGUAGACCGGCCGGUGAAUUUCCUGAACAGCACCCGUUCAGACAGUGCCAUUGUCCAGAGAGAAAUUGUCGGCAAAGAGUGCCUGUUCUAUGGAGCGUUCAUGGGUAAUGAGACCCGGAAUAUGGAAUUCAAGCGCGGUGGCGGUGAAUAUCUGACAGUAACCCUCAAGCACCAUGUGCGGAAGUAUGCAUGCGCUUUCCUUAACAGUGAAGGAGGCAGCCUCUUUGUGGGGGUUGAAGAUAAUGGCCUCGUGCGCGGAGUUAGGUGUGACCACAAAGAUGAAGACAGAGUCCGUCUGCUCAUUGACUCCGUCUUGAAAGGGUUCAAGCCACAAGUUUUCCCAGCAGCCUACACACUAAGUUUCAUCCCAGUCAUCAAAGCUGAAGACACUGGCAUCUUUCUUAAAGUUAUCCGUCUGAGCAUCCGUCCUCCCCAAGAGCCCAGAGAUCUUCUAUAUGAGACAGAUCAAGGCGAAGUAUACCUGCGGCGAGACGGCAGCAUCCAGGGGCCGCUCACUGGGAGUGCCAUCCAAGAGUGGUGCCGGCAGAAAUGGACAGAAGAGAUCAAGAAGUUGGAAAUGAAAAUAGAAAUCUUGCUGAAGGAGAAGGAAACCCUGCAGCAGUAUAGGCAGAAAAACACCAGAUCUGCAUGUUGCCUACUUAUGUGACAGAUAAGCAGUAUCACUAGAAAGGUCACUAGACAUUGGGAAAACUACUACUCACCAGUGUAAAACAAAAGUGCCCAAUAAACACCUUAGGUCUAAUAGAUUUCUUACUUUGUGGGUGGUAUGCUGGUCUUGCUGUAAGAACUCUGUAGCAAAAAUUAGCCUUUUCAUUAAUUAACCUUCUGUCCUUUCAUAAAUUAAGUGUAUUCUGACAGACCACUAGAUAAGAUAAAUUGCUUUCUGCUACCUGCUAGGAUGCAUUAUUUUUAUUUAGAAUGAAAAUAUAUUUCUCUAUGAGAAAAAUGGCACAUAUCUGGCACCAAUAUGUGUAACCCAAGAUGCUACGGAUUGAUGGAUUGAGGCCUAUCUCUCCCACUGGAUUAUGUACUCAAGAACUACUUGCCGAGACCCCUGCCGGAGACAGAUAAACCCCAUCUGUAAGAGCAUUUCGAUCCCAGGGUCAGAUUAGAGGUAGACUGGGUUUUGGAGCAGGGGAGGUAGGCUCCAAAUACUUGAACCCAGUAGAUAAACCAUAUCCCUGCUCUCCAGAGUAUAGAAAAUUAUGACCACCGGAACUCAGAGAUAGGGAACAGUGACCAGAGUGUAUUUAUAAUAUAUGUGCAUGUCAUUCUUCCAUGUCAGGAACCAAGAAAGAAAACAAAAAAAGCUAGGACACCAUUCAGUUGUCCCAUUUUUUAAAACACAGAUGGCCAAUAUUACAACUUCAUAUGUGUUAAAAUGUUUGGGCACUGACAGGAUUAGCCUUAGGAGCUCUGCAUGUAUAUGCUAAUUGUUACUUAAGUCAUGUCUUUUAAAAUAUGAAAACCAAAGCUUAGAUUUCAGAAUUUAUUCAGCCACUGGCUUGCUCCAAGUAAUUCACUUCCAUGAUUGUAAUGGUGACGCUACAAGCUCACGUAAAAGCAUGCCUAUGAACUGAAACUCAUUACACCAUUAAAGGGAGUCAGCUGCUUCUUUUCAGCAAACACACGGGUCAACGCUGGUACCCAUAGUAAAAAGCUUUUUUAAAGUUCUGUGUUUCUAGCCUCAGGCAUGAAACUGCAAAACCUAAGAAGUACUAAGGUACCAUUAGUUACACGAAUCAUACAAAAUUGGUAGGUAUUAUACUAAUUUACAAAUAUGCUAAGUAAUGCUAGAAUCCUGUUCAGUAAUUAUAAUGCCCUACACCUGACUUACAACAUAAUUAUUCCGAUUCACAUUUAUAGUCAUGCAUGAUCACAACAACCGAAAGUACCCCCUAAAUCCUACCUUUGAAGCCUUGCAGCCUCCAACACAACUACGGAGGAGGCGCUGGAGGGUGGCAAGUACUGGCGUGUCCAGCCCCUCUCAGUCGUGGGGCAUGCGGACACGGCCGUGGUUUUGAUAGGCCCCUAUAGGGUUCUCUGUAGCCCCACAAUCAGGAGAUAGCAUUACUCACAGUUCUGCUCUCCAGCCCCUCUGAAAAGGCUGUGAGGCUUCAAAGGCAGCAUUUCGGAGGAUGGCAAUGGAAGAUGUUGUUGCUCCAUUUCCAUAGCCACAUCUCCUGAAGCAGGAUCUUGAC